AUGAGCUCCAACACUUACCAUCACCACCCUUCAGACAACUUCCGCUUCUCUCCCUCCGGUUUUGGCAGCAGAAGCAUGACUUACCCCCGAUCCCCCCCCUUCUGGGCCCCCUCUACCCACCCCCCCCACUCCUCCCAAUCCCCCCCCGCCCUCUCCGCCCACUCCGCCCAAUCCCCCCUCUCCGCCCGCUCCCCCAUCUCCGCCCACUCCGCCCAGCGCCCUUCCCGUUCCCUUCACUCCCCCGCAUCAGCUCACUCCCCCGUCUCCCCCCACUCUGACCCCUCAUCCCACCCGCGUCACAAGCACGCUAAAUCUCUCUCCCCGCAAUCCCACCCGCGUCUCGAGUCAACUCAAGACUCCCCCAUAUCGCCAUACUCCGCCCUCUCCGCCCUCUCCGCCGUCUCCCCCUCCGCUGGCUCCUCAUCCCACGCGCGUCACAAGCGCGCAUGGUCCCUCUCCCUUGGACCAGACGCAUGCCUCGAGUCGACUCAACACUCCUCUGCACUAGCUCCCUCCGACCCCUCCGCCUUCUCCCCGCUCUCGUCCCACCACCCGCGCCACACACGCGUAGGCUCUCUCUCCCUGCGCUCCUCCUGUGCGCCCUGCUCGCCUCUCUCCGCCUCCCCCACUGCCUCUGCUGCUACCUCUCAUGCGUCUGAGCCUGAUUGGUCCGGCAACCCGCGUGCUUCUCCCCGCUCUUCCGCCAUCGCCACUCCCAAAUUGCCGAGCCCUUGUGCCUCCCCCCCCCAUCCCGCCCAGCCGCAUGCCGUUCCGCCUUGUCGUGCACCCGCUCCUUAUGCUGUCGAUGGGGAUACGAAUGGGGGGAAGGAAGGGAGAAAGAGCCCGAGCGUUAUCGGGUGCAAAUCUUACACUGAUCUGCCUAGGGUAAUAUCAUUCGGAUGGUGGGAAGAGCUCAACUCUGAGAUUAUAUGUCAGGAGAGGAAGGAGAGGAAGGAGAGGGAGGAGAGGGAGGAGGAGAGGAAUGAAAUGAAGGAGGAAAUGAAGGAGGGGAGAACGGAAGAGCGUAAGGAGAGGAAGGAGGGAGUAGCGCAGGAGGAAAAGAAGCAGGAGAGCAACACUCGAGACAAGGAGGAGUUGAGAGAGGGAGGAGAAGAAGUGAGUGAGGAGGAGGAGGAGGAGGAGGAGGAGGAGGAGGAGCAGAGAAGCAAGGGAGAGAGGAAUAUGAGCAACGCCGCCCUUGGGAAGCAGCCGAAAUUUCGUAGGUACCCCUUCUUGGAAGCUCCUGUGGGGCCGGAGAAGGCCCAUGCUGCCAUUCGCGCGCAUGGUGGCAUGGCCGCGCAUGGUGGCAUAGAUGGUGGUGUGUAG